AUGUUAUCAUCACACAUAUCCGCACGAGCUAUCGGAUCUUCGAUACGAUAUAACACUAGUCGAUACAUUGGCACGCUUGGGGCUCUACCCGCUAUAAGAAAGCGUUGGAAAUUUACAAGUACCCAAAAGCAGCAACAACAGCAAUCGUCACGAGCAUAUUCGCGAAACUCACCAAAGAAUGAGCAAAAAACACUCUUAAAACUUCUCGAAAACAUCGGUUCUCGCAGAGAAGUCGAACAAUAUCUACGCAUAUUUUCAGAAGUCGACCAGCAAAGAUUUGCAGUAAUCAAAGUCGGUGGUGGUGUGCUCGAAAACGAAUUGAACGAUUUAGUAGAUUCUCUUACUUUUCUCUAUAGAGUAGGUCUAUACCCAAUUGUAGUGCAUGGUGCUGGUCCACAGCUGAACAAAAAAUUUAAAGAAGCAGGUAUACCACCUGGCUAUUCUGUCGAUGGCGUCAGAGUGACCUCCGCAGACAUGCUCAGAAUUGCUCGAAACGUAUUCUCGGACCAAAAUCUUAAACUGGUGGAAGCCUUGGAAGAAUUAGGAACGCGAGCUCGUCCAAUUCAUGGUGGUGUAUUUAUAGCCGAUUAUUUGGAUAAAGAGAAAUACGGCUAUGUUGGAACAAUCACUGAUGUCAGAAAGAAUGCCGUCGAGGCUAGCAUUAAAAUGGGCGCAUUACCUAUAUUGACUUGCUUGGCCGAGACGCCUUCUGGUCAAUUGCUGAACGUUAAUGCUGACACUGCUGCUAGCGAGUUGGCCAAAGCCCUCAAACCCCUCAAGACUAUAUAUCUCAAUGAGGAAGGACAAUUAACCAAUAGCGAAACUAAAAGAAAAAUUGACAUGAUUAACUUGGAUGAAGAAUAUGAUUGGUAUAUGGCACAACCAUGGGUCAAGUUUGGCACCCACUUGAAGAUCAAAGAAUCCAAAGAACUUCUCGAUCAACUUCCGGAAACAUCAUCAGUCGCUAUCACAUCUGCCAACCAGCUCCAAAAGGAGCUUUUUACGGAUAGCGGUGCGGGAACAUUGAUACGUCGAGGAUAUCGUUUGUUCAAAUAUGAUUCACUCGACAACGUAAACUCUGAAAAUCUGCAGAGUCUGCUGGAAAAGGACCCUCAAACAGUUUCUGGGUACGUUACUGCUUAUCUUAGUACGCUAUCUCAAAGACCAUUUAAAAUUUAUUGUGAUGAGCCGUACGAUGUUGCGGCCAUUGUCACAUACGACAAGAGUGCUGGCAUUCCAUUCCUCGAAAAGUUUAGCGUAACAGAAAAGGGAAGUUUGAAUGAUGUAACGGAUAAAGUAUGGGAGUCUAUCAAGAAGGAUAACUCGCAAUUAUUUUGGGUAGUAAACGGAGAGGAAAAAGACAAAGCAUGGCAUUUUGAUAAAUCUCAGGGUAGUUACACCAAGGGUUCGCAAACGCUCUUCUGGUACGGAGUUGAAGAUAUUGACAAAAUGGUUUCAAUAAUCAAUCAGUUCACCGCCUCUCAAGCUACUCCGGAAGCAACUCCGCUUUCUAAAGCUGGGACAAGAGCUUAUUCAACUAGUGCCUAUCAAAGUCGCGAUGCGUUUUCUGCUUACAACAUUCUUCGCCGUCAAUAUAGUACUACCGCCUCACCCGCAAAAGUUGCACUCAUCGGUGCUCGUGGAUAUACAGGACAGAAUUUUAUUACUCUCGUCAAUAAUCACCCUCAUCUUUCGCUAUCUCAUGUGUCAUCGCGAGAACUAGAGGGCAAAAAGUUGGAAGGAUACACAAAGAGUGAGAUUAUAUAUAGUAAUUUAAACGCUGAACAGAUAAAAGAAAUGCAGAAGAAUGGAGAAGUCGAUUGUUGGGUUAUGGCCUUGCCUAAUGGUAUAUGUGCCCCGUUUGUUCAAGCCGUUGAUGACGCUAAAGCCGGCAAGAGUCUUAUUGUCGACCUUAGCGCUGAUUAUAGAUUCACGAACGAGUGGACAUACGGUUUACCUGAGCUCGGCAACCGUGAAGCAUUGCGUACUGCAACACGUAUAUCGAACCCAGGCUGUUAUGCGACAGGCUCUCAACUUGCUAUUGCUCCCCUAGUCCCAUAUGUUUCAUCGCCGCCAACAGUCUUUGGCGUAUCUGGUUACUCGGGAGCAGGCACGAAACCGUCGCCAAAGAAUGACGUAAAUUAUCUCAAAGACAAUCUUAUUCCCUACAGUCUUACAAACCACAUUCAUGAACGUGAGAUCAGUCACCAUCUUGGCACAACUGUCAAUUUCACUCCUCAUGUCGCAUCAUUUUUCCAAGGAAUUGCGUUGACGAUCAACAUUCCCCUCAACAAGACUUUCAAGUCGUCUGAAAUUAAAGAAUUAUACGAACAGCAGUAUAAAGGGGAGAAGUUGAUUAAGGUUGUUGGAGAUGUACCCGUUGUAAAGGAUAAUGCCCAAAAACAUUUUGUCAAGAUUGGAGGAUUUGGUGUAGACGCUACUGGAAAGAGAGUAGUCAUGAUUGCGACGAUAGACAAUUUGUUGAAGGGCGCUGCUACUCAGGCAUUACAGAACAUCAACCUUGCUCUUGGAUAUGACGAAACCGCUGGAAUUCCUCUCGAAUGA